AUGCGUCUCUCUGCAGCGCUGUACUCCCCAACACACCCUUGGCUCGCAUGCUUGAAAUCAGCACAAUUGCAGCGCAUCGCACGCGCAACGGGCAUCCAAUCGUCCGGUACGAAGGGUGUUCUCAUUGAGCGCAUUGCAGCGGAGUUGACGUUGCAUUCACAGUCACAAUCGCAGUCGCAGUCACAGGUGCAGCUGCAGCUGCCGGCUGCCGUGGAUGGCGUUGCAGAGGGUAUCACUAGUAUUCCAAGGCCCAGUCCCAGUCCCAGUGCUGCCAACACCAACACCAACCCCAGUCUAAACCAAGAUCGACAAGUUGAUCGACGGCUAGAUCCCCCAAAAACGCCCCCAAGCAAGACAAAUCCCAACACCAAGUCAGCCGACUCGUCAAAAUCAAAUCCCGCUCAAUCCCAACCAUGGAGCAUCCUCAGCAUCGACAUGGGGAUCCAGAACCUCGCAUUCGCGCAUCUGCGCGUGCCCCGCUCCGGAGGCUCCGGGGUUUCAGGUCUAGCUCCAGAUGACGCAGCAACAACCCACCUCCAACCCCCGGAGCUGACAGCCUGGCACCGACUCGCGAUUUCUGAGAUAUCAACUCUGAACCUCGUACCGGGGGCUAAGACCGGUGUGAUCCAACCAACACCAACACCAACACCGGGGUCGGGUGACGCUGGCGCUGGCGCUACGGAAAAGAGCCUACCCGGCAAGAUCGCCAAAUCUAUUACGAAAGAAAAAGAAAAAGAAAAGGACGCCUUCGCUCCAGACGUCUACGCUGCAUAUGCGUACACCCUCAUCUCGUCACUUAUCGCUGCAUACCGCCCCACUCACGUGCUCAUUGAGCGCCAGCGCUUCCGCUCGGGCGGCGGGAGUGCGGUGCUUGAGUGGACGCUGCGCGUUGGCGUGCUGGAGGGCAUGUUAUAUGCUGUUCUGCAUACGCUGCGGCAGGAGAGGGGCGGGGAUAUCGCUGAUUUGGUUAUUCGGGGUGUUGAGCCGAGGCGGGUAGUCAGGUAUUGGCUUGAAGGUUCGUCAGUUCUAGGAAAGGGAGACGCGGGGGAGAAAUCAGAAGUCGGGGAAAAAGAGAAGGAGAAGAAACCCAAUGCGCGAGAAGUGAAGAAGGCUAAGAUUGAUCUUGUUGGACGGUGGCUUUCUGCUGCGAUGCAGACUAAUGCUCCCCCAGACUCGGACGGCGGUCUUAAGGAAUUAAAGCUGGGUACUGCUACCGAUAAUAAGAUCGUGCUCGCGGAUAAAUCGGAGUGUCCUGCCCUGCAUGCUGUUGCGGGUGCGUAUCUGCGGAAAUGGCAGGGCCAGACGCAGGCGUCGAAGAAGGGAAAAGGGAAGGGGUCUCGGGCUUUGAAGAGUGGAUCUCUUUCUCCAUUGCCUGGAUCUCUUUCUCCAUUGCCUGGAUCUCCUUUGUCUGAUAUGGGGGACGAGGUGGCGGCUGUUGAUCUGGGGAAACUCGAUGAUCUUGCGGAUUGUUUGUUGCAGGGUGUGACGUGGGUUGAAUGGCAAAUUAUGCGGGAGAGGAUUGCGAGGGAAGGGGUUGAGGCGUUGGAUUCGAUGCCAUAG